AUGAAAAACAAAGAAACUGAGGUAAUUGAAAAUGAAACAUUAAUGGAAGAAUAUAAAGAACAAAUGUGUCUCAACAGGGUUUAUGUUUGUGUCGUUAAAACGUGUGUGAACGGCAAAGUGAAAAUCCAAACCAAGAAUUGUAAAUUACUUAAGUUUCCUAAUGACAUAACACUUGUUCAUGAAUGGUUAAAAAAUUGUGAAAGACUUGAUCUUGGUUUCAAGUCAUUGGAAUACUUGCUGGCCAAUGUACGUGUUUGUGGUAAGCAUUUUGCACCAAAAAUGUUUAGUAAUACUGAACACACUCGACUGUUACCUAAAGCAGUACCUACCGAAUUUGAAUCGACCAAGGCUAAAGACCCAGAAUCUUCACUAAAUUUAGAUGAGUUUGUGAAGAACUUCUGGAAAGUCAACGUGGGUAAUAAUAUGACGGCAUAUGUUGGACUUAACCACAUGUCAUUUGAUCACCGUUCCGGCGAAUGGAAAACUUUUAAAUUAAAGUUAACAAAUAGUUUAAUUGCUGGUGAUGUUUCAAGUGACCUCAAAAUGAAAGCCAUUUUAAUAACUGCGCUGAGUGACGAAACGUUGUCCUUACUCUCAAGUUUAUGUGUGCCUUUGGACAUUGAAGCAAAAUCAUUCAAUAAUCUAAUCAAAUUAUUAGAUGCACAUUUCACGCCGGUAAAAUCGUAUUUUUCUGCCAGAUAUGAAUUCUACAGAGCGGAGAAAAAUCCUAUGGAAACGGUUGCAGAAUGGGCUGCUCGAGUACGCACCUUAUCCAUACCAUAUGGUUUUGGUACUGAACUAAAUAUUGUUUUAAAAGACAUUUUCACUCUUGGUCUUGAUAAACAAUUUAAAGAACGAUUAUUCGAAGAAGAUGCCACAAACAAAAUUAUCACUAUGAAUAAAAUGAUGGACAUCGCUCUUGCUAAGGAAAUGGCCAGUAAA